AACGAAAAACUUGAAUCUACUAUCUAGCUUUCUUUAACACUUCCUUUGUAAUCGCAAGUUUUCCACUGUGCCAACAAUUCUUAAGCUUUCAACUUUUCUUUGGCUUCCCUUGGAAAAAAGAAAACAAAAACAGAAUCAAACGUGUACAGAUCACUAACUUUCAACUUUCCAAAUAUUCAGUGAGUAACUUUGUGAUUUAUAUAUAUGGAGAGAACAUUGUCAUCCCUUCUACAGAUUCAGCCUCCAACCUAUGGAAACUUAGUCACUAUUCUCAGCAUCGACGGAGGUGGUAUCAGGGGCAUUAUCCCCGCAACUAUUCUUGCUUUCCUUGAAGCGCAACUUCAGGAGUUGGACGGUGAGGAUGCAAGGCUUGCAGACUAUUUUGAUGUGAUUGCAGGAACAAGCACAGGAGGUAUUGUAACAGCUAUGUUAACUGCUCCAAAUGAUAAUCAGCGUCCUCUAUUUGCUGCCAAGGAUAUCAAGCCCUUUUACUUGGAACAUUGCCCAAAGAUUUUCCCACAACACAGUGGCUUGUGGGGAUCGGUAGGAAAGUUGUUGAGAUCAUUGGGAGGACCGAAAUACAAUGGAAAAUACCUUCAAGAAGUGGUGAGAGAGAAAGUAGGGGAGACACGUUUGCAUGAAACGCUGACCAAUAUAGUGAUUCCCACCUUUGACAUCAAGACAUUGCAACCAAUCAUUUUCUCCUCUUACCAAAUAAAGAGGUCUCCUUGCUUGGAUGCUCGACUCUCCGACAUAUGCAUCAGCACUUCUGCCGCACCUACUUAUCUUCCAGCCUACCACUUCAACAACAAAGAUUCAGAAGGGAACAUGCACCAAUUCAACCUUAUUGACGGUGGCGUUUGUGCUAAUAAUCCGACUUUGGUGGCCAUGAAUCAAGUAACGAAGCAGAUAUUAAACGACAAUCCGGACUUCUUUUCCAUCAAGCCAAUGGAAUAUGGUCGUUUUUUGAUAAUCUCUCUGGGCACUGGAACCCCUAAGAAUGAACAGAAAUUCAAUGCACAAAUGGCAGCAAAAUGGGGUCUAUUGGAUUGGUUAACCAACAGUGGUUCUACUCCCUUGAUUGAUGUGUUUACUCAGUCCAGCGCAGAUAUGGUUGAUUUUCAUCUUGCUACCGUCACUCAAGCACUGCAUUCCGAAAAUAAUUACCUUCGGAUACAAGAUGAUACAUUGACCGGUACAGACUAUUCAGUUGAUAUUGCGACGAAAGAGAAUUUGGAAAAACUUAGCCAAAUUGGUGAGAGGUUGUUAAAGAAACCAGUAUCUCAGAUCAAUUUGGAGGAUGGUCUGUUUGAGCCGGUAGGAAAUGGGGAGACCAAUGAAGAUGCUCUCAAAAGGUUUGCAAAAAUACUUUUGAAAGAGAGGAGGCUCCGAGAAUUGAAAUCCCCUCACACUAAGAAGGUCCCAAGCCACUUUGCUCAUGAAGUCUGAGUUUCCUUUCUCAAGCUACGUUUGAGAGUCCUUCUAUUCAAUAAAAAUUAAUUGUCAAGUUUGUGUAUUUUUUGUAAGAAAAAAACAAAUUCUUUUUUUUACAAACAAAAUUAUAAAUUCUUUUAUGUUUAUGAUAUCAAAUGAAUAUAUCAUGUAUU